AUGGCCAAUCCAGAAGCGCCUGUAAUCGGAAUAACAACGGCUGGAACGUCGGUGUGCGGGCUGCCAAUGUUUGGAGAAGACGGUACAGGACAGGCCAAGAUAUCCGAACUUCCCCAGGACAAGCGGGUCGAGAUUUCGGCAGACACACCGACUACACGCAAGAUCCGCAAGAUCUUGGCCGCUGUAUCGAAGAUACCUGAGGAUGAGAUCACAAGCGAUAUGACCAUCUUCCACAUGGGUCUGGACUCUAUUAGCGCGAUCAAAGUCUCUUCCCUUCUCCGCAAACAGAAUGUCAUCAUUACUGUUGGCGAGAUGCUUCGCGCUGGUACCGUCGCCAAGAUGGCAAGGGUAGUGGCUGAGCGCGCUGCUCAAGCGUCACACCACAACGAUCAAGAUGAUCUAUCAGCCAUUCUGGAAUCAUUGCAGGGCUCCACGGCAUCAGCUCAGCAAGAGCGAAAAGCAUUCUGGGAAGCUUAUCUCAACGGCGUUGCGCAGAAGCCCUUGCCACAGCCACCCUCACCCCCAACGGCGCGAACAGAAGUUUUUAUGCCAGCCUUAUUACGGACCAACAACCUCGAAAAAACGACGCGCCAGCACGGCAUCUCAACACAAGCCCUCUUCCUCGCCGCCUACGCAAAGAUUUACUCGAGACUCACCGCAGCCAAUAGUUCCACCGACGUGGUGAUAGGCGUCUACCUAGCAAACCGCUCCCUUCCCAUAGCAAACCUAUCGACAGCGGCCGUACCCACAGUCAACCUGCUCCCUCUACGUGUCAUAUCACCACAGGCACACAGCCUAAUCGAAACAGCAACGCAAAUCCAAGCCGAUCUGCUCUCCAUUAGCAGCCCAGCAAACGCAUCAAGCCUCUUUGAAAUCGGCGACUGGACCGGUGUCAAAAUCGACACUUUUGUCAACUUCCUUUCGUUGCCUGAUGUACAACAGCAAGAGCAAGGAGAAGACACACAGCAGCAUAUCACCAUCAAGCCGACGCAGCAGUGGGAGGAGAGUGUCAACAGGAUCGUCUCCGCAUCCCCAGCAUUGUUGGACAAAGGCGCUGCAGCACAGCUUGUGAACAAACGUGUUAACGACGUGUAUUUGGUAAGUUCCGAAAGCGGAUCCGGGAACAUGCAAAACUAA